GAAAAGACAGAGCAGCUGGAGUGUGCAGGAAAACUUGCUGAUAGAUGAUUCUGAUGUUUUCAGAUAUAUCCGCUGCAACCCAACAAAUCUUAAGAAAAAACAUGCAUAAGAACUCCAUCAUGCAUGUGUUUUGGAUCUGCCUGGUGCUGUGUACGGGUCCAUCGUUGUGUAUAAAUGACAUAGAGUAUGAAAGAAUCUAUGAAGACAGCUAUGACAAUGAGAUCCCCCUGGACCAGCAGGAGGAUGAGUCUCCCACCGCAGCAUGCCAAACAGAUUUCUCCCGCUGGGAUAAACUUUUUAUCGCUCUAGAGGACUCCCACAUGAGACAAAACAUGCUGCUGGAAUCUGUGGAGCAGUGCUGCGGGGAAACGGCGUCUCUUAAGACCCAACUGGAGAAGCUGACGAAGGGGAUGUGUCAGCAGUGUGCACCCAGCUUGGAGGCAGCUUGCAGGGUACAUGCAGAGCAGGCAAGUCUUAGGCUGCAAAAGAGUUUGGUGGAUCUCAGGGAUGAGGAGGAAGAGAGGGAAAGAAGAUUGAAUGCAACCUUGCGGAUGCUCCUACAUAGUAGGCACCAGGAUGAUGCUUGGCUGAAGAGGCUAGAAGAAAUCAUUUCAUCUGCAUCUGCUGACAGCAGCAUGAGAGACCAGCCAACACCAACACCUGACGGUUUGGGAAUGAAGCUCUUCCCAUCUGGCCUGAAGGAGCAGGAAGUGACCUCGCCGAUGAACAUAGUCACCGUGGAAAGUGCUCUGGCUGCCAUAGCAACAGAGCUUCAGAGGAUUCAUAAGCAGCUGAACAAAGUGAUAGAGCAGGUAGGCACGCUGGGAAAGGGCAGAGGAGACACAUGAAUUGCCCAAAGGAAAAAUAAAUAGUAAAAGCUUGACUGGAAAACUCCUAUUGCAGAUGAUGAUUUUGCACAUGUUGUUUGUAUUUCUACCGCUCUGCCUUUUAUAAAGCCUCUAUUACACAUGAGAUCGUUUUUGUCUGGUGACAAUGAGUUUCAAUGUACCAUAAAUGUCAUGGGUUUGCUAUAAUGAAUAAAAAUUAACUAAACAACUGA